AUGGAUAAGAACAUUUCUCUAAAAGUUAAAAACUUCUAAACAGUGAAUUGGUUGAAAAAUAGAUUUAGAAAUAAAGUGAAAGAUAAAUAUAUUUUAAAUGAGAAGGAGUUAAAAGAAUAAGUAAUGAUGAAAGCUGUCUUUAAAUCAAUUGAUAGAGAUAAUUCAAGUUUUUAUAUUUGCUAAAUUUUAUAUUAGAAUUUCUAGAUAGACAAGAACUGUUUGACAUGUUCAAACGGUAUGGAAUAAACAUUACAAAAACUAAAUUACGUGAAUUUUUUAAGAGAAUAGAUUAAGAUGAAGAUGGUAAUUGACAUUAUUUAUUUGUUAGAUAAACUUAAUUGGAACGAUUUUCGAUAAGCUUUAUAAAACUAAGAAGCUUUAUAGAGUAAUUUCUCAAAUAUAUGAAGUGUUCGUUGAGCUCAUGCGUAAAAUAAGGGAGACAACUGAGAAGAUAAGUAAACCAAAUGAGUUUAAAUUUGUGCCUUUAAGCUUUCCUAAUAUGAUUUAAUACAUGAAUUAUUGUGUAUUGAGAGAAGAACUCAUUCAAAAAAUUAAAUCAGAACAAUUAUCAAAUUAACAAAAGGUUAAGUAGUGUACAAAUCUUUUGUCUUUGGAAGAUAUCUGCUAUAAGAAAGUUCUAGAUAUAAGAGAAGAAGAGGAAGAAUAACAAGAAGAUGAUCCAUUUAAGAAAUUUAUGAAUAAAAAUAAUGAUCCUCAAUAAUUAGCAAUUUUAAAGAGAUUACAAGAAAAGGAAUAAAUGAUGUAACGUUUAGUAAAUUCUAAUAUUAUAUAAUAGAAUAGGAUUAGAAAAUUAAGUUCUUCUUAAUAUUACAAGACAGACACAGAUUAAACUAAUAGAUCUAUUCGAAAGAGUUAUUAAACAUCUAAAUAAGAAACAACUAAAAUACAUUAAUCUGAAUUUAAAUUAAUAGAUUAAUUUGUAAAUGAUAAUUAAUCUUAAUUACCAUUAAAAAUUACUGAAAAUAACAAUAAUUUAAAUAUAUAAUAGGCACUUUAGAUAACAGAACGAUUAAAUUUAAAUGAAACCUAUUCUCCUUAUAAAUAUUAAGUUAAUCACUUAAAAUAAUUAUCAUGUACUACUAGUACAAAGAGAAGUUAACAUUUUACAAAUUAAUAUCUUAUUGUAAAUAUAUUAUUUAAUUUAAGAAUUCUAAAUCCCCUUUUUUAACCUCUCAGAAAUCAAAGUUUCGCUCUCCUUAAAGGAUUAGAGUCAUAUCAUAGAUUGAUUUUAAAAGAAGUGAUUCAAAGAAUAAAUUUUGA